AUGGCGAGACGGGAAUGUCGCCCAAUGCUUCUCCUGCCCAUCAUUCCCAGUGGGAAUGGUGCAGGCUGGUACUCUAAUGUGCUUCCUGACAACAUGAUGGAAGGGUACAAUAGCACAUUCCCAGAUCCUUGGCAGAAAUUGGGUGGAUCAAGCUCUGAGAGAUCACCGUGUGUUUUGGGAGUUUUCCCUAUCAUUUACUACAGUGUUCUGCUCUGUCUGGGUUUACCUGUAAAUAUCCUGAAUGUGAUUGUUCUCUCGCGUCUAGCCAUCAAGACACAGAAAUCUUCUUAUUGCUACCUCCUAGCCCUCUCGGCUUCAGACAUCCUCACUCAGUUUUUCAUCAUAUUUGUCGGCUUCAUACUGGAGACAGCCAUUCUCCACCGAGAGAUCCCUGCUACAAUGGUGCACACGGUCAGCAUCCUGGAGUUUGCAGCCAAUCACGCCUCCAUCUGGAUUACAGUGCCAAUGACAAUUGACCGUUAUUAUGCUCUGUGCCACCCGCUGAAAUAUCGCACGGUGUCAUAUCCUGAACGCACCCAUAAAAUAAUAGCAACCGUCUUUGUAAUGUCUUUAGUCACAGGUGUCCCAUUUUACUGGUGGUCUGAUCUUUGGCGAGUCAGUAACCAACCCACCAUUUUGGACCAAGCACUAAUAUGGACGCACUGUUUCAUCAUAUACUUUAUUCCAUGCACAGUAUUUUUGAUUGUCAACUCAAUGAUCAUCUACAAACUCAAAAAGAAGAAAGCACUGACAAUUCGUUCAGGAAAAACCACAGCUAUUCUCCUGGCAGUUACAACAGUCUUUCUUAUCCUUUGGGCUCCUCGGACCGUAGUCAUUAUAUACCAUCUGUAUGUUUCAUCAGUUAACAAGAACUGGAAGGUUCACCUGAUGUUCGAUUUGGCCAACAUGCUGGCACUGAUGAGCACUGCAGUCAACUUCUUUCUGUACUGCUUUGUGAGCACGAGAUUUCGCAUGACAGUGAAGGAAGUCAUCCACUCCUUUUGCAAACAGUGA